CGCAGUGACCCGGAUGACCGACGCGCGGUGAUGAUGACGCUGCGCAUGUGCCGCUUCAUGAGCAAAACAGUGACCAUGUCCUCUGAAGAGCUGCUGUCUGUAGAUUAUGAAGUGUUUGGGAGGGUGCAGGGGGUCUUCUUCAGGAAAUACACCCAGUCGGAGGGAAAGAGGCUGGGUCUGGUGGGCUGGGUGCAGAACACCGAUGCUGGGACGGUUCAAGGCCAGCUGCAGGGUCCCGCCUCCAGGGUCCAGGAGAUGCAGCGGUGGCUGCAAACCACCGGCAGUCCUCAGUCACGAAUCGCCAAAGCGGAGUUCAGGAACGAGCGGGCCGUCGACAAACUGGACUUCAAGGAUUUCCGAGUAGCCCGCUAACGACAAGACGACUCGAUUUAGUAUUUAUUAACACAUGCUUCUUAUUUAUUUCCGUUAUGAGCUACGGUCUGUUACUGAUAAAUACGAGUAAACACACCUUCUUAUUGACAUGAUGUAACAUCUGUUAUAGACUUGUAGAGUUCUGUAGAUGAAAAACCCCUAAAUAAUAUAAAAUACAGACUCCAUGUUCA